CAAAUUCCUGUAAAUCCAGAGGUAAUUAUGUUUAAAACUGAAGUCAUUACAUAUUUUAUAAAAAUACAAAAUUUAUAUAAAAAUGUCUAAAUGUGUAUGCCUUUCCCGUCCAUCGGACGGGUCUAAACACCUAGUUAUGCCUACUCUAGUGUCUCUACUUUUAUAUUCUUUACCAUCUCUCAAUUAAAUUCUAUGGCUUGAUUAUUAACUUUAACUUCUAAGAAUUCUGAAGAGUGGUUGAUAAUUUUCCACAAACUUCAACAGAAGUUUAUAUCAUUAUGUAAUAAUCAAACCCAUGAUAUAGCAGACAAAUGAAAAGGAUCUUUUUUAAUUCCUUGAAUUUUUAUUUUAAUUUGUGGAUUGGGGAAAAAGGUUCCCGGGAGAAAAGAACAAAAACAUUAAAUUUUCUACGUGAGGUCCAAAUACAUGGAAGUAAAUAGCCACACAGGAAAAAAAAAAAAAAAGAAUUAAGAGGGCGGAGAUAAAUCAACUAAUAUCCACCAAAAUUUUUAGGAAAAAGUAACAUAAAAAUAGUCCCGUUAUAAUUGGUAAAUUUAUCUCCAUGGAUUCACCUAAGUCUAAUUCCGUCAUUUUUCGUCCAUUUACUAGAAACUCCAUACUCCUUAUGGACUUGGUGUGUCCCUGACAUUGUCUGAAAUUUACACCCAAAAUUCCUUUUGAUUAAAAAUUAUACUCAUUCGGUUCCAAAAUUAUUGUUCUUCAUUUUUAGUAUAAUUUGUAUUAAAAAUGAAAAUUCAAAUCAAACUGGAUAAUAAUUAUGAGACUGAAGAAAAAUAUAAGUAAGAGAGUAGUAAAAAGAGAAUUAAUCUAAUUUGAGUGGAGAACUGGAGAUUGUAAAUACAAUAAAAAAAAAAAGAAUUAAAAUGUUUGAAAACGAGAGAAAAAAGCGGAAAAGGAGGAGCAGUGGCCAGCCACGAAGAAGGAAGAAAGGAAUGAAGAGGUGAGAAGACUAAUGAUAGCCUCCACCCACGACGUGUCAUCCCCGCCCGUGCAUCCACACUGUUGAUUGAUUUUAAUCCAACGCAAACUCUACCGGAGGGAUUUUUUGCCAUUCUCUGAUUCUCUCUCCCAUUGUCGUUUGAGGUUCUCCACAAGGUGAUUUUCUUGUCACCCAAACUUUUUCAGUUUCAAUUUCCUUUUUUCGUUUCCGUAGAUCUAUCAAUUUUUUUGGAAUUGUAGUUUUGUUGAACAUAGCUUUUGAUCUGUGUAAUUGUAGCUGACGUCUCAUUUUGAUUCGUAACGGUUCCUGCGUACAUGCAAUUCUCUAUUUAGUUGUAGAUGUCGAACAAGUCCAUGAUGUUAUUUCCGCACUUGCAAUGCUAGUACUUAAAUUUUGAUGGAUCUUUCGUAUAGAUUAGGAAACUAAUGCUUUGUUGGGAAAUAAAAGAGAUCUUUGAUUACAGUGUUGAAUUAGAUUCUCAACUUUGGCGAUUAAUUUUUUCCUUACUUUAUGAGAGGAUUCUGUUCUUAAUUGAGUGGCAUUUGGUAUGAAAUGAUUUCUUUUCCCCUUUUCAAGAAUGUUUGUUGUAUGUACCGUCUAGUGGGUUUGAUUUUGCUUCCACUGCAGUCUGAAUGAAUUUAUUUUGUUGACUAGGAUACUUUGUUGCAAAGAUUUUAAACAGAUAACAUACACUAGAGUAAUACUUAGGCAACAUUUUUACUAAUGCUGCUGUUCUUGUUUAGGGUAUAGCAUAAAAUGGCAGACGGAGAGGACAUUCAGCCACUCGUGUGCGACAAUGGGACAGGAAUGGUUAAGGCUGGAUUUGCUGGAGAUGAUGCUCCACGAGCUGUGUUCCCAAGCAUUGUUGGUCGUCCCCGUCACACUGGUGUGAUGGUGGGCAUGGGCCAAAAGGAUGCCUAUGUGGGUGAUGAAGCUCAAUCGAAGAGAGGUAUCUUAACUCUCAAAUACCCCAUUGAGCAUGGUAUUGUUAGCAAUUGGGAUGACAUGGAGAAGAUUUGGCAUCACACCUUCUACAACGAGCUUCGUGUAGCCCCUGAAGAGCACCCUGUCCUCUUAACAGAGGCACCUCUUAAUCCUAAAGCUAACCGUGAAAAGAUGACUCAGAUCAUGUUUGAGACCUUCAACACCCCUGCCAUGUAUGUUGCCAUCCAGGCUGUUCUGUCCCUGUACGCUAGUGGCCGUACUACUGGUAUUGUGUUGGACUCUGGUGAUGGUGUCAGCCAUACCGUCCCCAUCUAUGAGGGUUAUGCCCUGCCACAUGCCAUUCUUCGUCUCGACUUGGCUGGCCGUGAUCUAACCGACCACUUGAUGAAGAUCCUUACGGAGCGUGGUUAUUCCUUCACAACCUCCGCAGAACGGGAAAUUGUGAGAGAUUUGAAGGAGAAGUUGGCUUACAUUGCCCUUGAUUUUGAGCAGGAGAUAGAGACUUCAAAAACUAGUUCUUCUGUUGAGAAGAGCUACGAACUCCCCGAUGGUCAGGUAAUUACCAUUGGUAAUGAGCGUUUUAGAUGCCCUGAAGUCCUCUUCCAGCCUUCAAUGAUUGGUAUGGAAGCAGCUGGAAUUCACGAGACCACAUAUAACUCCAUUAUGAAGUGUGAUGUCGACAUAAGGAAGGACCUUUAUGGCAACAUUGUGCUCAGUGGUGGUUCCACCAUGUUCCCGGGUAUUGCUGAUAGGAUGAGUAAGGAAAUUACAGCCUUAGCUCCAAGUAGCAUGAAGAUCAAGGUGGUUGCACCUCCUGAGAGGAAGUACAGUGUCUGGAUCGGAGGCUCCAUCCUGGCGUCACUCAGCACCUUCCAACAGAUGUGGAUUGCUAAGGCUGAAUAUGAUGAAUCAGGUCCUUCCAUUGUGCAUAGAAAGUGUUUCUAA